AUUCGGUACGAAUUCAAAUACUCGGGGCGGAUAUAAAAUAUUUCUAAUGCGCAUUUGAGAAAUUUUGAGUCCAUGAUAAUCGUAUCGUUUAUUUGUGUUUUAAUUUUUCAAAUUUGAUUCUGAGAAAACUCAAAUUAUUUUUAAAAAUUUUCAUUUCUUAAAACGAAUAAUUGAAAUUAUUUUAGUAAUUAAAAUUUUAAAGCAUGCGGAUAUUAGAAUUUUUUCAAAAAUUCUAGUACGUAUGAGCAAGUAAUUUUUUUUUUAAAUUUGAAAAUUAAAAAAUAACUCAAAUUUUUUAAAUCAUUCAGAAUUAAAAAGUUUUUUUAUUGGAAUUUUAAAUCGAAUAUUAAUAUUCAAUAUUUUAAGUACCAACUAUUUGCUCUCCUCUAAAUUACAUCUACUAAUUAAAAAAGAAGUGAAAAUUGCUGUCAGUAAUUUUAAUGUCAAAAACAAUUAUUCAAAGUAUCAUAUUUACACAGAAAAAAAAAUUUUUUUGGCUCAAAAAAUUUUUACUCGCCCCAAGAAAUUUUUUGCAUUAUAAAUUUCAAACAAAAAUUAUCAUGAUACCAAAAUUAUGAUACUGAAGUUAGCCGACGUCUAAUUUUUAGAUUUAGUCUCAAAACAAUAAAUUGCAAAAAAAAAAAAAAUAUUUGAAAAAGUUGCACCUAUAGUUUUUUUAAUUUUCUACAUGUGCAUAUUUUUAGUUUUUUUUUUUUUUGUAAUUGAUUUAAAAACAAAAAUUCAAAAGUUGUUGAUUGUCUGUCUACUUCAGGAUAACCCAAAAUUAGCCGUCUAAUAAUUUUUGGAUUUUUUUAAAAAUGAUAAAAUUAACAAAAAAAAAAUUUCAAAAAAUUGCACCUAUAGUUUUUUAAAUUUUCUGCAUGUGCAUAUUUUUAGUUUUUUUUUUUUUUGUAAUUGAUUUAAAAACAAAAAUCCAAAAAUUGUUGAUUGUCUACUAGCUUUAUGAUCAUAAAUUAUUUUAGGGCGGGAAAAAUUUUUUGAAUCGAGAAAAAAACUCUUGCGUCAAGAAAUCCUCUUCCGUGUAUCUAAUGUACUAAUUAUUGUUUAAUUGCAUAUUAAAUUACCAUUUUUUUACUUAACUCGAAUAACUUCCGUAAUUGAAUUUAUAAUUUAAAUUUUCAAAAACAUACUUAAUAUUUUUUUUCACGACAUUUUUCCGUAUGCCGAAUGUGUUUAAAAAAAAAAUUGUAAUAAAAUAAUCAAAAUAAAACCAAUAAAAAAAAAAUUAAAUUUGUUUUAAAAUUAAAACUUCCUACUUUUAUUGUAAAUUAUUUAAUUUAUGUUACAGAAAAUGUUUUUGAAUGCCUGUACGUCUCUGCUCGAUAAAAAUUUAAAAUAUUUUGAAUGCAAUGUGCUAAUAAUUAAGGAAACUGCUGAUAAAUCUUAAUGAUAAAAGAUUAUCAAGUAUAAGAAUUUAAUUUUGUAUAAAAAAUAUUUACAAUUUCCGUAUUAUUUUCUUAUAAAUUGGCGGUAAAAUUAAUUAUUCGUUUAGUCAGUCCGCUAGUGUUCAUAAGAGUAUCAAUUACUUAAUAAAAUAAUUAUUUAAAAUUUUUAUAAUGUCUCCACUUUUAAAUCUUAUACUCGUUUUAUUGGGAGGAUGUAAUACAACAUCUCCAUUACCUCCAUUAUCACCCAGUGAUGUGGGUUUACCUUUUUCAAUUUUUAAUGCUAAUUCGUCUUCGUUAAUUUCUUUGCCAAAUAAAAAUUGUAAUUGUGAUGGUAAUAAAAUAGUCCCGACUUUAUGUGAAAUGUUUCAGAAGCUUGCACUCUGUGGAAAAAAUUAUGGAGAUACGAUAAAAAAUAAUAGUCAAGAGAAAGUAACUGAUGGUGGUACGUCGAUGACUUUGAAUCCAAUUGCGUCAAGUAUUGGUGGGAAUACAAUUAAACUUAAUGGUACAGAUGAUGAUGAUGAUGAUGAUGAUGGAGUUAUCAUGAUAACACCUGGUCCACGUAAUAAAGAUGUUAGUAGUACACUAGAGGCUGGAGUAACUGAACCAAGUGAUGAAAAAAUAACUCGGAGAAAAUUUAAUGCUGAACCAUCAGAUACUGAUGACAAUGAUAAUGAUGAUGAUGAUGAUGAUGAUGAUGAUGAUGAUGAUGAUGAUGAUGAUAAAGAAAAUGAUGAAAAUACUAAAAUGACGACAGGUGAUCCACGUAGUAAAAAUACGACACCAAUGACUGAUGUUACUGAAGCCAGUGAAAAAAAAAAUACUGAUAAAGUGAAUGAUACUGAAUCAACUUCAGAUACUGAUGAUAAUGAUGAUGAUAAAAAUACUAAAAUGACAACAGCUGAUCCAGGUGGUGGAGAUACGACACCAAUGACUGAUGUCACUAAAGCCAAUGAAAAAAAAUAUACUGAUGCAGUGCAUGAUACUAAAUCAACUUCAGAUACUGAUGAUAAUAAUGAUGAUAGGAAUAGUAAAAUGACAACAGGUGAUCCAGGUGGUGGAGACACGACACCAAUGACUGAUGUCACUGAAGUCAGUGAAAAAAAAUAUACUGAUGCAGUGCAUGAUACUAUAUCAACUUCUGAUACUGAUGAUAAUGAUGAUGAUAAAAAUAGUAAAAUGACGACAGGUGAUCCAGGUGGUGGAGACACGACACCAAUGACUGAUGUCACUGAAGUCAGUGAAAAAAAAUAUACUGAUGCAGUGCAUGGUACUAAAUCAACUUCAGAUACUGAUGAUAAUGAUGAUGAUAGGAAUAGUAAAAUGACAACAGGUGAUCCAGGUGGUGGAGACACGACACCAAUGACUGAUGUCACUGAAGCCAGUGAAAAAAAAAAUACUGAUGCAGUGCAUGAUACUGAAUCAACUUCUGAUACUGAUGAUAAUGAUGAUGAUAGAAAUAGUAAAAUGAGAACAGCCGAUCCAAGUGGUGGAGACACGACACCAAUGACUGAUGUCACUGAAGUCAGUGAAAAAAAAUAUACUGAUGCAGUGCAUGAUACUAUAUCAACUUCUGAUACUGAUGAUGAUAAAAAUAGUAAAAUGACAACAGGUUAUCCAGGUGGUGGAGAUACGACACCAAUGACUGAUGUCACUGAAGCCAGUGAAAAAAAAAAUACUGAUGCAGUGCAUGAUACUAAAUCAACUUCUGAUACUGAUGAUAAUGAUGAUGAUAAUGUAGUGACAACUAUAGAUUUGGAACUUAGAGAUAGUGAUACAACACCGAGAGCUGGUGUGACUAAAACGAGUGAAGAAACAACUACCGAUAGAGUACAUAGUGGUGACUCAACUACUGAAGAUGGGGGUAAUAGUAAGAUGACAACAGUUGGUCCACAUGAUGAAGACAGAGGUACGACAUCUAAAACUGAAGUAACAGAAUCAAGUGAUAAAGAAACUACUGACGUAGCACAAAAUAUUACACCAUAUCCUGAAGAUGAUGGUAAUAAAAAAAAUGAUAGUAAGAUGACAUCUGACCCGGGUGAUAAAGAGACUGAUACGGCAUCUAAAACUGAAGUAACAGAAUCAAGUAAUACAAAGAUGACUGAAACUUCCUUGACUCCUGAUAGUGUUACGACACCGACUCCUAGCAAAGCAAUUACUGAUGGAGUACAUGGUACUAAAACAUCAACUGAAGAUGAUGGUGGUGAUAACAAAAAUGAGGACAAUGAUGAUAUUAAAAUGACAUCACUUGGUCCAAAUGAUAAAGAUACUGUUACAUCGACAACUGAUGUAACUGAAUCGAGUGAUAAAGAAACUGCUGACGUAGGGAAAAAUACUAAACCAUCUCCUGAAAAUAAUGGUGGUGAUAACAGUAAUGAGGAUAAUAAUGAUACUAAGAUGACAACAUCUGAUCCGGGUGAUAAAGACACUGAUAUGACAUCAAAACCUGAUGUGACUGAAUCAAGUGACACAGAAACUACUGAUGAAGAACGUAGCACUAAAUCUUCUCCUGAAGAUGAUGCUGACGACAAUACAAAUCAGGAUAAUAAUGACAGUAAAAUGACAACCUCUGAACCAGGUGAUAAAAACACUGAUACGACAUCAAGUGGUGUAACUGAAUCGAGUGAUAAGAAAACUACUGAUGGAGAAAGUACUGAAACAUCUCCUGAAGAUGAUGCUGGUAAUAAAAAAAAUGAGGAUAAUGAUGAUAGUAAAAUGACAACACCUGCACCGGAUGAUAAAAACACUGAUACGACAUCAAAACCUGAUGUAACCGAAUCGAGUGAUAAGGAAACUACUGAUAGAGAGCAAAGUUCUAAACCAUCUCCCGAAAGUAGUACUGAUGACAAUAAAAAUGAGGAUAAUGAUGAUAAUAAGAUGACAACCCUUGAUCCGAAUGAUAAAGACACUGAUACGACUUCAACAAGUGAUGUAACUAAGCCAAGUAAUCAUGAAACUACCGAUGAAAAACAUAGCACUGAACAAUCUCCUAAAGAUGAAAACAAAAAUGAGGAUAAUGAUAAUAGUAAGAUGACAACACCAGAUCCGGGUGAUAAAGACACUGAUACGACAUCAAAAACUGAUGUAACCGAAUCGAGUGACAAAGAAACUACUGAUGGAGAGCAAAGUUCUAAACCAUCUCUCGAAAAUGAUAGUAAAAUGACAACACCAAAUCCGAAUGAUAAAAGCACUGAUACGACAUCAACAAGUGGCGUAACUGAAUCGAGUGAUAAAGAAACUACUGGUGGAGAAAGUACUAAAACAUCUCCUGAAGAUGAUGCUGAUGAUAGCAAAAAUCAGGAAAAUGAUGAUAGUAAAAUGACAACGCGUGCACCGGAUGAUAAGAACACUGAUACGUCAUCAAAGCCUGAUGUAACUAAAUCAAGUGAUACAGAAACUACUGAUGAAGAACGUAGCACUAAAUCAUCUCUUGAAGAUGAUGCUGAUGAUAGUAAGAUGACAACACCAGAUCCGAGUAAUAAAGGCACUGGUACGACAUCAAUAACUGAUGUAACCGAAUCGAGUGAUAAGGAAACUACUGAUGGAGAGCAAAGUACUAAAACAUCUCUUGAAGAUGAUGCUGAUGAUAACAAAAAUGAGGAUGCUGAUGAUAACAAAAAUGAGGAUGCUGAUGAUAACAAAAAUGAGGAUGCUGAUGAUAACAAAAAUGAGGAUGCUGAUGAUAACAAAAAUGAGGAUAAUGAUGAUAGCAAAAUGACAACACCUGAUCCGAACGAUAAAAAUACCGCUACAUCAAAAACUGAUGUAACUAAACCAAGCGAUACACAAACUACCGGUAGAAAAUAUAAAGCUGAACCAUCUGAAGAUUACAAUGAAAAUGUUGAUGAUUAUGACGAUGAUAAUGGUCUCGUAAUAAUAACACCCAAACCAAUUGAAAAUUGGACAUCACCAACUGCACCUACUGAACCCAGUGAAAAAUACCCUAGCGAAGAAACAACUCAAGCUUUUACAACAAUCGAAUCAACUCACUCAGAAGAAACUCCAGAGCCCGAAUCUACCCAUGGAGUAUCAGAUACUCCAGAUAAUCAAGAAGAAAAUGAGACUGACGAUUCGGAACUGACAACUUUUUACUCAACGAUUACAACCGAGAAACCAGAUCUGGUAGAAGAAAAAGAUGAUCUACAUGAUAAAAUUAUCACUGAUGACCCAAUUGUCACUCAAGAACCUGAAUCUAUCCCAGAAAAUCCAGAACCUCAUUCAGACUCGAAUAGUUCUGCUGAAAAGCCAGAUAACGAAAAAGAAAAUUUUGACGAUCAUUCAAAAGAAACAACCGAUGACUUUACUACUCAAGGACUUUUAUCAACAACUUCGGAGCUUCGCGCUACAACCAACGCGCUUGAAGAAUUUGAGAAGACGGAUAAAGAUAAUAAUAAAAAUGCGCAAGACCAAAGUGAAACUGAAGACUUUAUGACCACUCAGAAACCAUCAACUAUUUCAGAGACUUCAGAGUAUCCUUACACUAAUGCGCCAGUGAAAUCAAAUACUCAAGAUGAUCAGAUAAUUACUGAUCAUUCCACUGAAGAAAGUAUUCCUAGUUCAGAAAAUCCGGAGCUUGAGUCUACCAGUUCUCCAGAAGAGCCGAAGAAUAUAGAAGACGAAUCAGUUGAUACUGAUAGGUCAAAUACUGAUGAUUCAAUGAUCAAAGAUUCACCGAUCAUCAAUUCUAAACCUAAUAUCAAUGAAAUAGAACCUAAUUCUUCUACUGAAGCUCUGAAUCCUACUGAUUUCUCUAAUUGUCUUGAAGUAGACAGAGACAAUCUUGCAAGUUUUGAUAAUAUUACGCUACAACCGCUUGAGAAAAAGACACAAAAGACGAUGAUAAAUAAUUUCAAUGACUUUGGAAUCAUCUUAAUUAAGACUAUUUUUCAAGAUAAUAAAAAAAAUUACGCAGUAUCACCAAUUAAUUAUGCGCUCGCGUUAUUAAUGAUGGAAAAUGGAGCUUGCGGUGAAACUAAAAAAGAAUUAGACACUAUUUUAUAUUUGCCUGAACAAAUAUCUAAGAAAUAUAUGAGACCUAUCAAAGAUCUUGUCCAUUCACUUAAAAAUGUCAAUGGAUCCAAAUUGUACAUAGAUAACAAAAUUUUCCUGUCGGAAGAGGCUGCAGUUAGUCCUAAAUACAGGGAGUUAACUCGAGUUGUUUAUGAAUCUGAACCUCUGAAUGUUGAUUUUCAUAAUUUAAAUGAUACUGUAAGACAAAUAAAUAGUUGGAGUGCCAAUAGAACUAAAAAUCAUGUAAAAAAUGUCAUAAGUAAUGAUUUAAUUAACGAAGACGCAUCUUUACUUCUUGCUAGCGUCGGUUAUUUCCGAACCAAUUGGCUGAAACCAUUUAGUCGUUUAUUUACUAGCCCUAAUUUAUUUUAUAUAGAUGGCAAUACAGGAAAGACUGUAUGCACGAUGCAGCAAAUUAAUAAAUUUAAAUUUUUACGAAUGGGUUCUCUAAGUGCUGAGCUCGUCGAGCUCCCUUUGAAAGACAAUGAUGAUCUAGGAUUAAAAAUGAUUGUCAUUCUUCCAGAUGAGGGUAAAACUUUACCCGAUGUGGUAAAAAAUCUUCAUAAAUUUACGUAUAAUUAUUUCCGUACUCACGCGAAAACUGAAAUUAUCGAUUUAUCAUUACCGGAAUUUAAAAUCAAUAGUUUUAUUGAUUUAAGUGAUUAUUCAAAUAAGAUAAAUAUAAAUAAAACUAUGGGUGAUACUGCUGACUUUUGUUGUAUAUCCGAGCCAUUAAAAGUUAGCAAUAUUAUACAAAAAACAGUACUUAGGGUAAAUGACGGCGAGUGUGUGGCACCAAGUUUUCUUUGUCCGGAUGACGAUAGUUCAUGUUUAGAUGAUAAAAUAGAUUUUACUGUAAAUCGUCCAUUUAUUAUACUCAUUCUCAGUAAUGAAACGAUAAUAUUUAGCGCGCAAAUAAUUGAUCCGAGUCUUCAAUAGUAAAUGAGUUCAUAUUUAUUUAAUAUUUAUAUUUAUUAUAAAGAUGUUUGCAAAAAAUAAAUAUUUGAAUAUUUUUUUUGAAUAUAUUGAGGAAA